GUUGAAGUGUUGUAUUUUGCAAAAAGUGCUGAAAUAGCAGGGAUUCGCUCCGAGACCAUUUCUGUUCCACAAGAAAUAAAAGCAUUGCAGCUGUGGAAUGAGAUAGAAGCACGACAUCCUGGAUUGGCUGAUGUCAGAAAUCAGGUGAUAUUUGCCGUCCGUCAAGAAUAUGUCGAGCUUGGAGAUCAGCUCCUCCACCUUCAGUCAGGAGAUGAAAUUGCCAUCAUCCCCCCCAUUAGUGGAGGGUAGUGCUCUGGAGCCAUUUAGGAAAGAUCAGAAUGAAAUUGAAGAGAAACCUAAAGAUAUAAUAAAAUUCACUCCUGAGAAACUCUCCGUAGAUGAAGUCUCACAGUUGGUGAUUUCUCCACUCUGUGGUGCAGUCUCCCUAUUUGUAGGGACUACAAGAAACAACUUUGAAGGGAAAAAAGUCAUUAGUUUAGAAUAUGAAGCAUAUCUACCGAUGGCAGAAAAUGAGAUCAGAAAGAUCUGUAGUGACAUUAGGCAGAAAUGGCCAGUCAAACACAUAGCAGUGUUUCAUAGACUUGGCUUAGUUCCAGUAUCAGAAGCGAGUGUUAUCAUUGCUGUGUCCUCGGUCCAUAGAGCCUCAUCCCUCCAGGCUGUGAGCUAUGCCAUUGAUACUUUAAAAGCCAAGGUGCCCAUAUGGAAAAAGGAAAUGUAUGAAGAAUCAUCAUCAUCUUGGAAAAGAAACAAAGAAUGUUUUUGGGCAACUGAUUAAGUCACACAUUUUUUAAGAGUACUAAAAUUAAAUUUGGUGAACAACUGCCUUUA